AGGAUCGGAUCGAGCGGGCGCUUGCGUUCGACUCCACUGGCUUAACGUAGCUCAGUUUCGAACUUGCAGUUGCUGCGCGCGCACGGUUUUCUUUUUCUCCUACCUAACGCACGGGAUCAGUCGUGAAGCGCAACACACGGUUUAUUCACGGUGUUCGGUCUCAGGGAGCUAAUCUGAUCUGAUUGGUUACCGAAUGGUUUUCGGUUUUUGCAUAACACGGCUUUCGGUUUAGUGGAAAAAUUAGAGCGAUUCUUCUGCGGUUGAACAAUUGUCGCCCCCAAUUUUCGGAUUGCGUCAAUAAACUUUUGCUUUGAACUGUGGAUCAACUUUUCCAGUGAUUAGUGGUGUUGCGUUCUCGGAUAGUAAAACAAUUAACCAGUCGAAUUUUCGCAAGAUGGGCGCUGGAAGAGUGUUCACGUGUUUGGAGAUCCUGCACAACGAUGCUUGAAGGCAGUGUCCGGUCCGCUACUGUCAGGAUCGAUAAAUUAGAGUGAGAAGGAUAUUCGACAGUGCAGACAGUGGUGAUUGUUCAGAAAAGAAAUUGUCUGGUGAGGAUCAAAAGAGCACCGAAGAAAGUGUGUGAAAAAAAGUGCCCAGCCAUUUUCAUUCGCAGUUCCGAUCGUUUCUUCGACUCAAACGUUGAAUUAUUAUUCGAAACGGCCACUUAGUGGUGCCUACCAUCAAAUCACACUUAGCAGUCGAAAUCAGUGUCCGUUUCUGUGUCUGUGUCUGUGAGUGAGUGUUUGCGUCUAUGCACUGAUUGCCAUUCGGAUUAAUUGCAUCACCCAGCAAACGGACGGAGAAAACCGAUUAAGGAAAGCGAUUUAUAGGGCAGGAAUUUUUACGACUUUUCAACUACCUCUCUGCUGCCUCUUUCCACUCGGUUGUGAACUCAUCGCCGGCAAGCUGUGCUACGAAAUUCAGUCAAGAUGACUUGUGGCAUCUCCUGUGUGGACAAUGCUCUUAAUCGAUCUUUCUACAAGUUGGGAAUCUUCAUCGGACGACAUCCGGGGUACUUUCUCAUCGUGCCAGUGCUGCUGACGUUUCUUUGUAUGACCGGCUAUCAACAGAUCCGCUACGAGAUCGAUCCCGAGUACCUGUUCUCGCCGAUCCGCGGCGAGGGGAAAGCCGAACGUGCCAUCGUCGAGAACUACUUCAAGGUCAACUAUACACACCGCUUCAAUGUGGGCCGCAUCACCCGACCGGGCCGAUUCGGUCGGGUGAUAAUCACCUCCAAGGACGAAAACAAGAACCUGUUGCGGCGGGAAGUCUGGGAAGAGCUUCGACAGCUGGACGGCAUCAUCCAGAAUGCAACCGUGCAUUACGAUGGGGAAACGUUUACCUACCGGGAGGCCUGUGCCCGCUGGGAAAACGAAUGCUUCCUCAACGACAUCCUCAAUCUGGACCAGAUAAUCGACGAGGUUGAAGCUGGUGACCUGAACCUCACCUUUCCAGUAAUGUUCAAUCCGGUCACCUGGGAUGCGCACGUCUUUCCGGUGUUCCUCGGCGGGACGCAAGUGUCCGAGGAUAAUAUCAUCAUCUCGGUACCGUCACUGCAGAUGGUUUACUUUGUGACGGCCGACUCGAAGAAGCAGGACGCGCGCGGUGCCGCCUGGGAGGAAGCGUUCCUCGAGGCGGUCGGUUACGCAGAAGAUAACGGUGUGUUCAAACAUAUUCGGGUCGCUCGGUUCGCGUCGCGUACCCUCGAUCACGAACUGGAACGGAACACUCGGACAGUCGUGCCGUACUUUAGCUCAACCUUUCUGCUGAUGGCCCUGUUUAGUGUUGUGACGUGCAUGAUGGGUGACGUGGUGAGGUCGAAACCGUGGCUCGGACUGAUGGGAAAUGUGUCGGCGGUGAUGGCGACGUCGGCCGCCUUUGGGCUGGCCAUGUACCUUGGCAUCGAAUUCAUUGGCAUCAACCUGGCGGCACCGUUUUUAAUGAUCGGAAUCGGAAUCGACGACACGUUCGUGAUGCUCGCCGCUUGGCGUCGGACCUCCGUAAAACUGUCCGUCCCGGAGCGGAUGGGUCACAUGAUGUCCGAGGCGGCCGUCUCGAUUACCAUCACCUCGCUGACCGAUAUCAUCUCGUUCUGGAUCGGUAUCAUCAGCCCCUUCCCGUCGGUACGGAUCUUCUGCACCUACAGUGGAUUUGCCGUUUGCUUCACCUAUCUGUGGCAUGUAACCUUCUUCGCCGGCUGUAUGGCCGUCUCCGGUUACUGCGAACACCGCAACCUGCACGGAACCUUUGGCUACAAGGUGCUGCCGGUAUCGGUUGCUAUUAAGGAAAAACGCUCCUGGCUGUACCGCAAGCUUAACACCGGCGGAAUCAACCGCGACGACCCGGACAACCCAAUCGACAACAAAGAGCACGUGCUGAUGAAGUUCUUCCGCGACCGGGUCGCUAGCGUUCUGAACCGCGGCUGGGUUAAGGCAAUCAUCAUUUUGGUCUUCGCGGCCUAUCUGGGCGGAGCCUGCUACGGACUGACCAACAUCACCGAGGGGCUUGAGCGUAGGAAACUCUCAAAGGAGGACUCUUACUCGGUGAAGUUUUUCGACCUGGAGGACGAAUACUACCGCGAGUUCCCCUAUCGGAUACAGGUGAUCAUCACUGGGGACCUCAACUACUCGGAUCCGACCACGCAAAUGCAGAUCGAGGAGCUGAUGCAAUCGCUGGAAAACACGUCCUACAUCACGUCACCGCUGUACAGUGAAUCUUGGUUACGGUCGUUUAUCUCGUACGUGGACCGCAAUAAUGACUAUCUUAAUCUGACGCUGGACAGCGAGCAAGCAUUCAUUGAUGCCCUGAAAGAGAUAUGGCUAUUUCCUGCUAACCCUUUCUCGCUGGACGUAAAAUUCAACGACAACGGUACCCGCAUUCUGGCGUCACGUUUCAUGAUUCAAGCCAUCAACAUAACCGACACGAACCACGAAAAAAUCAUGGUGAAGGACUUACGGCAGAUCUGCAAGGAGUCUCCAUUGAACGCUACCGUAUUUCAUCCCUACUUUGUGUUCUUCGAUCAGUUUGAGCUGGUGCGACCGACAUCGAUCCAAUCGAUGGUUAUAGGGGGAUUGAUUAUGAUGUUGAUAUCGUUCAUAUUUAUUCCCAAUUUCUUGUGUUCCCUGUGGGUUGCGUUCUCGAUCGUUAGUAUCGAGCUGGGAGUUGCCGGGUAUAUGAGUUUGUGGGAUGUGAACCUGGACUCGAUUUCGAUGAUCAAUUUGAUUAUGUGUAUUGGCUUUUCGAUUGAUUUUACAGCACACAUUUGCUAUACCUACAUGUCAUGCAAGGCCCGAACCCCGGACGAGAGAGUUCGACAAGCGCUGUACAGUCUAGGAAUGCCAAUCAUUCAGGGAAGCGUCAGCACGAUUCUGGGUGUGGUGGCUCUCCUUUUAGCCGACAGCUACAUCUUUUUGGUGUUCUUCAAAAUGGUGUUUUUGGUGAUUUUCUUCGGUGCGAUGCACGGUCUAUUCCUACUACCGGUGCUAUUGUCACUGUUUGGACCAGGAUCGUGUACUUCAUAUACUGAGGAUGAUCUUAAGUUAUCUUCCGUAGAAAAGGCAUAUCCUCAUCCGUACUGUAUCUCGCAUCCUCAGCUAGCUUUGACUGGUGCUUUUGGAAGCAAAACUUUUUUGGGAGCUCCCUACAAAGCCUACGGUGACGAGAAAGACUUGGGACUAGGAACUUCGGGUGAAGACUCUAGUGAAAGCUCCAGCAGUAAGUCACAGCGUAGGCAAGCAAUCGAGGAUGAGAAUACACGGCGAAGAUACGAGGAAGGAUGGCGAAGGUCUUCGCACAACCUUACCGGACAGAGUCAAUUCCAGCCCGUCCUGGAUUUGUACGGGCAGGAAGCAAUCUGGUCGAAACCAAUUAGCAAGCCACCGAUAAAAAUGGGCAACGGUCGCUUCUCGUAUGAUGACCCCCUAAACAUAGCCCAAGGUCAGACUUCAUCGAAGAAAAAGUACGAAUACGAUGAAGAUUCCCGCCGACUGGAGGACAGCCGUCCACGAAAACAUCGCUACGAAGACAAUCGGACCUUUGAAGACGACGAAGUCGUAGAAGAUGAGUAUCAACACACAAACCGCUAUUACAUGUACGACACUAGCCACGUAAAACGACUUUCGAACGACAGCAACAACAGCGGAACUGACAGCAACAACAGUAACGUGAAUCGCCGAAAAUAUUCGGACGAAGACAACCAAAAACGACGACGCUUCAGCGACGAACGCCGACCUAGGAAAUACUCUCCGCCCGAGGGUAUCUAUAAGCAGAACCCGAACCGUUCUUCCUCGCAGCACAAUCUGUACUACCCACGGCAACCGCCGACACGGACAACGUCUCAGAACAGUCUGCACCAGCUGCGGCACAUGGGUGAUAUGAGAUUUCCUUGAAGGCUUGCGUGAGCCAACAGCGGGUGGAAAUUUAACUAGCAGCCUAGAACGUUAAGUAGCCAAUUUGAAGAUUUUCUUGGUGGUCGCGGAGCUCUUUCACUAUCUCUAUUCUCAAAACACAAACAGCAAAAUCAAUACCGAGCUCUUUAUAGUUCUAAUGCUUGCAAUCGCUACUACUUAUAAGUAAAGUCAAUACAGCUAAGUACUCUGCUUGUAGCUAUUUGCUGUGUUCUUGCUCAAACCUUCAUGUUAUCUGUACAAAUUUAUCCAGUAGUAGAAACCAUGACUGACGCGGUGCUUCCUGGUGCCUUGAUAAUCUUCGAUAGUCUUCACAUUUUCAAACCAUAUGCCUGUAAAACUGUCACCUCUCAGAGAAUCUUUGGACAAAAUCUUGCUGUGUAAUAUAGUAGUGGACGAAAGGACGAAAGCUGCGUUACGAACAAUUUUGUGCACGAGUGAGAAUAUGUGAUCGUCUGGUAUAUCCAUUAGGUGUGAAAUAUAUAAUGACAACCACAAUUGUUUGCGCCCUCAUCUCUAACUUAAUUACAUAGUUCGUAAGAAGAGCAGUGGAUAAUCAAGAGUUAUUUAAUUUAGUCGUAAGCGGUAAUUCGGGCACACAGUCAAACAAUAACGCGCUGCAGACCAACAGGGAAGAAUGGGACCUAAAACAGUAGAGUGUGCCCAUUGUGUAGAAGCGGAAUCGAAAUUGUGUACAGAGAAUCUUUUUUUUGCGAAACAAAAUUAGUAAUAAAAAUUACACUUAGUUAAGGAACGAAGGAAUAGAGGCACAGUAAUCCCUCUCGAGCUUGGAAGUUGUAAUUAUUUUAGCUUAAAGGAAACUGAGAAUACAAAUACGCGUAUAUACCUAUAGACGGCGAAUAUAACCUGUUGUGGAUACACAAAAUCGAUGUAUCGUACAGUUAGUAAACGAUAAGUAUGUAGGGAGUCUGAGUAGCCUUAAGGAAGCCUAUAUUUUUGUAUUGAAACCUUUUUUCCCCCUGAUCCCACAGAGAGCGAUCCUAUGUCUUGGGUACGAAUGGAAAGCGAGAAAUAAAUUAUUAAGAAAUAAAUAAAGAUUUGUAUAUGCAAAAAA